GGCCGAACAUGCCAGGUGGGCCGUUCGUCGCGUGAGGGCGGCGCGCCGUACGGAAGCGGCCCCUCGGCUCCCGGGCCGUGUGCGGUCAGCAUUCGCCGCUUCAGCAAGCCGGGCGCCCCGCCGGAACCCGGCCCCGGCGAAAAGGGCGGGCCCGGCGGAGGGAGGGCGGAAUGGCCCCGAGAGCGCGCGCGGGGCACGCGGCGUGCGUCGUGGCGGCUCCCCCGGCAUAUGCGGGGCGCUGGCCCAGCAGCCUUGUCGGUCCCGCUGGGAAAAAAAAGAAAUUCGCCCCCUUGCAGGCGAAGGAAGUUAGAAAAAGAUGCAGAGGAACACCUCCACCCGCACGCGCUGGUGAGAAGUCUUGCGAUUCCCGCGACGCCCUCCGGAAGCAUCUGUCCACGGCGCACGGCGCAAGUCACGCCCAGGGGACUGUUUGGUCGCGUCCAACGGCAGCGCCCCCACAAAAAACGACCAUGCGAUGACCGUGAAGCGGGCGCGGCGGACCGAUGCCAAAGAUUCCUCGGCGCGAUGUGUGCACAGAGUGCCCGCGCCGCCCCCCAACCCCUCGCCACCGAGCGCACACCCCAGGCGCCCACGCUGGCAGAUCUCACGGCAAGGGCAAACCGCGCCGUGGUUCGGAAACAGCUUGUAUGUGAGGGGGCGCCGGGGCACUUGCUUCCCCGCGCGGCCCGACAAUCCAAAUUCGACCUGGAGGGAUUGGAGGCACCUGAGCUCGACAGUUCAGCAUGCAACUGGCUCGGCUCGCUUGCGGGCCUGUUCGGCCCCCCAAGCCGUGAACCGUUUGCCGUCCAUGGCGACAAUACGUGUGUGGAUGGCGUCGCUCGCCCGUUGGGUGGAGGCAGCGCCCUUUGUUUUAUUGUUUUGCUCCUUUUCCCAGCUUUGAUUCUUUUGCUUCGGCCUUAUACACCCCGUUGGCAACGGCAUAGCACGCCACGGAAACCGCAGAUCGUGGGUUUUCCGCCUUCCUCGCGUCUUGGAGGAGGAAACGGGCCCGGCAAGAGGGCCGGGGCCCAACUUCGGCAGCCUCGAGGGACGGCGAAGGCGCCGUCGCGGCAAUCCACGCAGCGGAGUGGCGGCGGAGCACCGCGCGCGCGCCGAGGCGGGGCGGUUGCGGGCGGAGAAAAAGAAACCUCCCACCGAAGAAGCGGCAGGAUGGUGUUGUGUGCUUUGCGCCUGAAACGCCGAGUUCUCCCUAUUCGGAACACCCUUGUGGGCGGGAUUGGGGGCGGGAGUUCUUUUUUUCCUUUGUUUCGGCGCCGGCGGCGGGAGGCAGCAAUUUUCUUCCCUACAGCGUCCUACGGAGGGUUGCGGCACUAUCUGGGACGCUUUUCUUUUUGCGAAAACAAGUGUUUAAAAGGGCGCGCAAGGGCAAAAAAAAAAACGAAAAGAAAAGGGGAACGACUUUGGUUUGCGUCGCUCUUCUUGUUGCCCCUCCGGCGUGCUUUCUUAUUGCGUUGGCGGUGCGGUGGGAAGGAGGGAGGGAGGGAGAAAAAAAAAGCGGAGGCGGCGGCGGGGCACUGGGCUGGCGCGGAGCUUCCGCAGUCGUCUUGGCAGCGCCGCGCGCCACCAACAACAACAACAACAAAAAAAUAA